AUGGGGAAGGGUCUUCGCAAGUCUCUGCGAUUGUACGUCUCGAAGCUCACAAGGCCAGUCGGAGGAAACCGACGGGAGGUCACGGGCCAGCGCCGGGCCCACGGCCUCGACAGCGGGAACCAGAGCUGCGGCGCCACUCUCCGCGACGUUGACCGCUUCCUCCUCGAGAACUUCCGCUCCAUGUACACCACAGGCGACCGCGAGGACGACCCCUGCAACCUCGCCGCCGACGAGUUCCCCCCGCCGCCACUGCCUCGCUUCUUCGUUGAGCGCGCCCCACCGUCGCGAGACGGCGGCGGUGGAGUGGCGGUGGUCACCUUCUCGAGGGACCCCUGCGAGGACUUCCGGCGGUCCAUGCAGGAGAUGAUGGAGGCGCGGGCACCGUUCGACUGGGACUUUGCGGAGGAGCUCUUCUUCUGCUACCUGGAGCUCAACGACAGGAGCCUGCACAGGCACAUCCUCCGCGCCUUCAGCACCCUCGUCCUCACCGUCCGACGGCCCACGGCGGCAGUGGCAGAGCCCGGCGGCGCACCAGACGGAGGCGUUAAAAUCCCUGUGGGGACCUGUAUCUAG